CCGAUAUUUAAGCUGUAGGAAAGAACUCUCAGAACUCCUGCUUGUCUAAAAAGAGAAAAAUAGCAAAAGCGGGAAUGAAAGUCUGAGUGUUAGAUAUAUAUCCAGAGAGAGAGAGAGAGAGAGAGAGAGAGAGAGAGAGAGAGAGGAAUAAAGUAAACAACAGAAACAGAGCGAUAAAGGGGUGGAGCAGCUGAAUCUGGAAGCAGAAAACUUUUCCCAGCAAGUUCAGGCAGCUCUGACUCACACAGACACACACACACACACACACACACACACACACAAGGAACACAGUGUGUGAGGCGUGGUGAACGAGUGCAGACGGAUUGAACAUGGGUGAAGACGAGUUGCAGGUGGAGAAAAGCAACAUGGAAGUGGAACACGAGAGUCAGGAGCUGUUGGUGCCGUCUGACCCCCAGGUGUCUCACAAUGACCCGUCUCACAAUGACCCGUCUCACCUCCUGCAGCUGGGUGAGACCCAUGAGGUGAACGCCAUCACGGUGCUGACUCUGCUGGACCAGCUGGUUAAGAUGCUGGAUUCUGUGCAGGAGAAGCAGCAGCACAUGGAAGAGUGGCAGGGUGUGAUGGAGGAAUCGGUGCGUCACAUCCAGAAUGACAUGAACAAACUGGUGAAGAACAACAGUGUGACGACGAACAGCGUGAGCAAACUGCUGGAGAAGAACCGCAAGAUCAGUGCCAUCAUGAAGGACGUAAGGGAGAAGAUGGAGAGGCAGACAGGUCAGGUGAAGAAGCUGGAGGACAACCACAACUACCUGCUGCACAGAGACAACUUCAGAGUGCUUAUCUUCCAGGAUGAGCACGAGAUUCCUUCCAGUGUGUUUGUAAAGGAUUCGAUUCAUGAUGCUGAAAAUGAAUCCCUCUCUCCUGAUGCUAACCGCUCACAGGAAGAGGGUGAGCUUCACACCGUCCAGCUUUCCUCAGAUGAGGAUCUUGAUGAAGAGCAGGAGGAUGAGGAACAGUUUGUGGAAGUGAUAGAGCCACUAGAGAAAUCUCGUGCUGAGAAGAUCAAACGCUCCAGUCUAAAAAAGGUGGACAGUCUGAAAAAGGCUUUCUCCCGUGAAAACUUUGAGAAGAAGAUGAACAAGAUAGUCUCUGUGGAGAAACGUGAGAAGAUCAAGAAGAGUCUGAGUCAGAAGAACAAGGGCGGUUCUUUUAAAAUCUUCCACACCAAGAAGAAUCGGGAUGGAGGUGAGGAACAUGCAGAGCAUGAGACCUUCAGUGAGAUCCAUGCUGACCUCGCUCCAGCUCAGGAGGAAGACGCAGAGCUCGAGGAACUGGCCAAGGAGAAGAUGGGAGGGGCCAAGGAGAAAGAGGAAGUGGAGGAAGUGGAGAAGGAGGAAUUGGAAGUCAACAAAGUGGUGGUCUCACUGGAUGAUAGUGCUGAGAACGUGCUGUCAAUCACAGAGGGGCUCAGGGCAGAGUAUGCUCUCUCAGCUACUCUGCCUCAGGAAACCACCCACAUAUCCCACAAUGCACUGCAUGGAGAGGAGGAGGAGGAGGAGGAAGAGGAAGAGGAAGAGCACAGAGAGAGAGAGGAAGGUGAUGAAGGUAAAGAGGAAAACACUGCAGCUGAGAUAAGAUCUUAAAGCUUGUUCAUUUCACUCCUCCUGCUGAUCUCAGUGCUGAUACAUUGGAAAUGAUGAUGUCAUGAUGAUGUAAUGAUGUAAUGAUGUCAUGCUGAAACAAGAGCAUUUCCAGAACUAGGUAAAAUUCUGAUGUCACUGGGUUUUUUUUACUGGAAUUAACCAUGUAAGUGUAAACAGUGUUUGUCAGAAACGCCUUUGUUGAUGUCUCUAAAAUCCAAAAAUCUAACAUUUAGUGUGUAAAAUUUUAACUUCUAUUAAAAAAAGUGAGAAAAACAUCAGAAAUUCUGAAUACACAACACAUACUGCAUGAUCUUUAAAAAGACACUACAAUAAGAUGAAUGUCUAAUGUUUUAAUCUCGUAUCUACAUUCAUGUAACUCUUGAAACUUUACUGAAAUAUUCGUGAAAUAUUAAACUUUAAUCUCUUUUUCAUCCUUAACACUUUUACAUACAAAGUGAAGAUGAAUAACUCAUAACCUCAUAAACUGUUCACUUGCCUCUUUGCUCCUGUUUCCAUAUUAUUCUGCAAUAAAGAAAUAAAGGUUCUGAACUUUGUGCUUA